AUGUUUCGCCUGAGGUCUUUAUUCAACGUAGCCGCGGGAUGUGGCGAGCUCCACCGCUGUGACUGGGACCGGAGCGAGGUUUGGAUCUCAGGAGCCAGUAUGAGAGUGGAGCCUUUGGAAUGACAGCUAUGAGUCGGUUGCAGUGAAUCCCCUCAUGGAGGUGAAGAAGGAUGGAGGUGGGGGGCGGUGGUCCUCAUCACACCCUGCUUGUUACAGGGGCGCCAUCGUCGCUUUCCUCAUCCUUUUCCUUGCUGUCGGGGUCUUUGUUGGUCUUCUUAUUGCGUAUGCGGCGCAGGAGGAGCGGAGUUUCGUGGAGACUGUGGAGCUGAAGGGUCUGAGCUACGACGGCAGCCUGCAGGAUGAGAACUCUGGUUUCUCUGUCGUUCUCUCCUCAGUGCUCAAAUCCAAGAUGAAAACAAUUUUUGCUGCCUCAUCAAUUUCACAUCACUACGUUGACUGCAAUAUUGUGGCGUUUGGCAACAAUAACGGUGACGUGAUGGCGACCUUCCGACUGGUCUUCACCACCUCUAAGUUCCAGCAGUUUUCAGAUGGGUUCGUUCAGGACUUGUUGAGGACGGGUCUGCACUCGGUCAUGCACGGGAAUCCGCUGCAGGUGCCGCAGUUUGGACACAUCACGGCUGUCAUCUUACUCGGCACCAGUGGGAAGUCAUUCUAUGCUAUUGGAGACGACAUGAUGGGCUUUUCCGCCAAGUGUCCAGACAGCACCUUCACGUGUGACAAUGGUGAAUGUGUCACCAAAGUAAACCCGGAGUGUGACUAUAUUCCAGACUGUGCGGACGGAUCAGAUGAAGCCAGAUGUGAGUGCGGCACUCGCCCUGCGAUGGGCAAUCGUGUCGUGGGAGGGGAAGAUGCCCAACAAGGGGAGCUGCCCUGGCAGGUCAGUCUGAGGCUGCACGGACGGCACACGUGUGGCGCCUCGGUCAUCAGUGAGCGGUGGCUUGUCAGUGCUGCUCACUGCUUCGAACGCGACAAUGACCCGAGAGAAUGGACGGCUCUCGUCGGGGCCAGUCAUGUGAACGGUGACGAGUCAGAGACCAGAAUCCUCAACAUUAAGUCGCUGGUUGUGUCUCCGGAUUACGACCCCAUAACCACCAACAAUGACGUGGCCGUCCUGGAGUUGGAAACGCCUCUGACCUUUGGCCAGUACAUCCAGCCAGUCUGCUUGCCCUCACCAGCUCAUGUGUUCCAGCCAGGCCAGAGCUGUUUGGUGUCGGGAUGGGGAGCGCUGCACAUGUUCAACCCUCUGGCACCUCUCAGACUGCAGAAGGCUGUAGUGAAGGUCAUCGACUCCAAAGUGUGCAACAAGUCAGCUGUGUACAGAGGCGCGGUCACUGCCACCAUGAUGUGUGCUGGUUUCCUGCAGGGCAGGGUGGACUCCUGCCAGGGCGACUCUGGGGGGCCUUUGGUGUGUGAAGGGGCCCCUGGCAGGUUCUUCCUGGCCGGUGUGGUGAGCUGGGGUGUUGGCUGCGCCCAGGUCAAUAAGCCUGGGGUGUAUUCCCGAGUCACCAAACUCCGAAGCUGGAUUUUGAGCCAGACAGGUCACCUGUCUGAGAAUAGCUAUCCACACGUCCCUGUUGUUCAUGCUCCAGAUGUGAUGUUUGAUCCGCCUUUGAUGCCAGGAACAGUAGACGUGACGCCUGCCCCAAACCUUCCAGUGUUCAACUGCAGUGAGAGCUUUCAGUGUGGCACUUCAUCCUGCAUCAGUAAACUCAAUCCAGAGUGUGACGGGGUUCCGGACUGUCCCGACCAGGCCGACGAGAGAAACUGCGACUGCGGUGCUCGUCCUGCACUGGGCUCUCAACGGAUUGUGGGUGGAGUCACAGCUCGCCGGGGGGAGUGGCCUUGGGUCGGCAGCCUGCAGUACCAGAGGCUUCAUCGCUGUGGUGCCACACUCAUUCACAGCAGGUGGCUGCUCACCGCAGCCCACUGCUUCAAAAGUGACCUCAGCCCCACUCACUGGACGGUGAGUCUUGGGUCGGUGCUGCGCUCCGGGGUUGGAGCUCUGGUCUUCCCCAUCCGCAGGAUCAUCCUUCAUCCCAGCUUUAAUGGCACCAGCAUGAGUCAUGACGUGGCUCUGCUGGAGCUUCCUGUUCCUGCCCCCAUGUCCUACACCAUCCAGCCCGUCUGCCUGCCCUCACCUGUGCACCACUUCCUGAGAAGCGCCGAGUGCUACAUCACUGGCUGGGGGUCAAUGAGGGAAGGAGGUUCACUCACCAACCUGCUGCAGAAGGCUGCAGUCAGCGUCGUCGACCAGCCCGACUGUCAGCUGGCGUACAGGCACGUGCUGACUCCCAACAUGAUGUGUGCUGGUGCCAUGGAGGGAGGCAGAGACACCUGCCUGGGAGACUCGGGGGGCCCGCUGACUUGUCGCCACAGUUCCGGUCAGUGGUUUAUCGCUGGGGUCACCAGCUGGGGACACGGCUGUGGACGGAUUGGCUUCCCAGGGGUUUACACUCGAGUGACUUCUGUGAGGAAGUGGAUCUCCACACACCUGCCUUUCUGAGAGGACGCAGGAUUCAAACUGUGGAUCUACCUUUUCUGCACAGAAUAGAACUUCAUGGAGACUACAGCCACGCUAGUACUGCAAAUUACGGUUUGUCAGGUGCUGUAAUGCUAGCGGAGACUGCACAGCAGAUGCUCUACUGUUACUUGGGGGUGUAUUUAUUUUAUUUAUUCUAUGAAAGCUGAUGUUGGGUGCAUAUUGUGUAGGUGUUUUUUUAGCAUUACAGACUGUAUUGGAGCCACAAUGACAGAAGUAUUUCUAUUCCUCUGUGUACAUAGUACUUGGUGUAACCCAUUCAUUUAUUUGUAUUACCAUCACAUUAACUUGGAUUCUUGUUUUGUUCAAUGUCAUAACCGCUGUUUUCUAUUGAACAUUUUUGUCCUUCAUUGUGGCUGUAACAU